CUUUUCUGCUGACUCCUCACGCCCCCGCACCUCCCCGCUCCGUCACACGCCGGGAAUUCGUGGCUCGUCUCCAAAAUAAAAAAUGAGCUGGUGUUGCCUGUGCGUUUUAUAGCAGUAGAGUGGAUGACUGGGGCAGGCUGCGAGUCUUAUUGGCGUGCUGAGAACACCUGGGUUCACUGCAGUCCAUAAACAAGACCGAAUCAUUUCACCAGUUCAAAAAAAGGGAAGAUCUUGCUUUGACACAGCCCUUCUCCUAAUCUUCCCCGUUCUAAGAGAGGGGAAAAAGCCCACCUCCAAUCCUGAUAAAAGACUGAGAGCCAUCAAGUUGCUGUCUCGCGAGCCCUGUAUCUGUUUUAACUUCCCAAAAUCCAGGUGUCUUCCAUGUGGGACUGCUCACUGACUUCCAGCAAUGCUUCAGACAGCAAGAUGUCCGGCAGCUGUAGAGUGAAACCCUUAGAACUGAAUAUUCUGGUGAAGUGGUGAAGUUCCAGAUCCCGACGCUUUUGGUGUCUUCUUUGUUUUCUGUUCGUGUCUCUGGGGAAGAUACUGAAGAAGAUGCAGACAUGCUGAAAACUUCAGAAAAGUGAACCAUGAGUCUUUUUGAAAGCUGAAAAGAGGACCCCUGAUAGGGUCAUGAACCUAAGACAAGUCUUUGUGUCUGUACUGCUGUUUGGAGUAGCUGGUCUAUUCCUCUUCAUGUAUCUACAAGCUUGGAUUGAAGAACAACAUACAGAGUCUGGAAAAAAGCUGCAACAACAGAUAAUUAAUCAGGAUUUCACACUCCAACCUCCGGGGAUGCCAAGGGAAGCAUUAUGGAGCAGAAGCGCUCCCGUGAGCCUCAGUAAACAUGAGAUGGCUGUCUCAAGCGGCAAGCACUGGCAGGGCAAGGCUGACCUUUUCAGUGUGGUAGCUGCCUCCUUGGUGAACCAACUGCCUGACCAGCAGAAGACAAGCGAGUCACCUCUCAGCUGGUUCAGAGGAGUGUAUUUACCCCCUGCACUGCACCCAUUAAACAAGAUGUUAGUCAAGGGUAACAAGUGGAAGGAUGUAGAUAGCACCCAGGAAAAGCGCAGGUCAUUCCUGCAUGACUUCUGUAAGAAGUACAACAGCAGAAAGAAGCUGCAAACCCACCUGAUGCACCUGGUGUCAAGAAUUUACGUGGAGGAUAGGCACAAGGUCCUGUACUGUGAAGUGCCAAAAGCAGGCUGUUCCAAUUGGAAAAGGGUCCUCAUGGUGCUCAAUGGACUCGCCGCUUCAGCGUACAAUAUUUCCCAUGACGAUGUGCACUAUGGAAAACACCUAAGGAAAUUGGACAGUUAUGACCUAAAAGGGAUAUACACGCGCUUGAACAUGUACACUAAGUUUAUAUUUGUACGUGAUCCUAUGGAAAGACUGGUAUCUGCCUUCAGGGAUAAGUUUGAACAUCCAAACAGCUAUUACCAUCCAGUAUUUGGGAAGGCAAUAAUUAAGAAGUAUAGACAUAACGCAGAUGAAGAGGCUUUGAAAACAGGAUCAGGAGUUAAGUUCAAGGAGUUUAUCCAAUAUUUGUUAGAUUCCCAUCGACCAGUAGGAAUGGACAUUCAUUGGGAGCAAGUCAGUAAGCUCUGCUACCCCUGCCUCAUCAACUAUGAUUUUAUAGGAAAGUUUGAAACCCUGGAAGAAGAUGCCAACUACUUUUUGCAGCUGGUAGGUGCUCCAGCCGAUCUGAAGUUCCCUAAAUUCAAAGACAGACAUUCCUCUGACGAGAGAACAAGUGCAGAAGUAGUGAGGCAAUACUUAAAGGAAUUGUCUAAGGAGGAGAGACAGCUGACCUAUGACUUCUAUUACCUGGAUUACUUAAUGUUCAAUUAUACAUCACCAAUUGUAUAGCACCAGAAUAGCCUCAGGCUUCUAUUAGAUAUUUAUCAUUUUGGGAUUCAAAGCAACUACUUUGAUAUCAGCCCUGAAAGGAAACAAAGUUACUGCUAAAUGGAGUUGACUUAGUGGGGAUUUUAUAAGCUAGAGUGAUAUCAAUUGGCAUUAAAUUGUAGGAUAAUGCGCAGAAAAGAAGACCUGUUAACAGCAUAAAUUGCACUAAAAUGCCUGAAAAAGCUGCUUUUAUGAUUGUGGAUUACACUAUGGUAGCUCAGCCAACUGUUGCAUUAUCUUACCUAAUGUUCUUUUAAUGUUUUAAGAAGAAAACAUUCAGAGUAGCAUGAUUCUUUUUUGGUGUGUCUGCUUUAGAAAUUGUUUUUGAAACAACUUUUGAAUGUAUUUUUACUUCCUGUCAGUUAUUAAUAAAGAAGCAUUGGUUAAUUUUCUAAAAUAUUUGAAGCAUCAUCAGUUGCAAGACUUAGUUGUUUGAUUACCAUUAAACUGUAGCCAUUUUUAGACCUGAUUUUUUUUUUUAUUGAAGGAUGCACUUGAAUACAAAUGCAUCAAGCUACAAAUAACACAGCAGCUCAGUUGAGUAGAGUAAAUUUGGGUAAGCCUGUGAAGUGCCAGUCCACUACCCCAUUUUGAUUGAUGCACUGGAGCUGACAAAUAUGAGAGAGAGCGCAUAUUUCCUCUACUUUCAGAGAGCUGCUGCAUUCAUUAAAAUUAAGAUUUUAACUUAGAGAGGGUACAUCAUUACAUAUGAUGCAUGGAUACUGUGGUCCCAAUAUUCAAUGUAGUCUUCAUUUUUGGUGAUAGGGCAAAGUUUUAGUGUGGCAGCUACGGAACAUUCUAAGGUCUGUACUGAGAAGCAACUUCAAUGCAACUGCUAUGACCAUUCUUGAUCUGCUAGGGUCCAAUCAUCAACCCACCUCCCAGCAAUUUUUAACACAGAAGGUGCGUAUGCCCAUUGCCUCCCAAGCCCAUAAACUGGUGCUGGCUCCAGAGCUUCCUGAAGUCACCUGUGUUUUGCUGUCCUGCCUGCCUUGUCAGCAGCCAGCAAACCCCAGGAGUGGGGUGGAUGCUUCAGUUAUAUGGGGUGGGAUGUGUAUUGGUGAUUUUUCCUAGAGGCAGGUAUGUCCAGAGUCCCACAGUCCUGGUUAUAAAAGGAAAAGGUACCUUCUACAUUCCCCUUCGCUCUCCUCCCUCAAAUGCUGCCUGACCAAUACAUGCAGUUGUUCCUGAAACCUGCAUUGAAGGAUGGGUCACCAGAGUGUCCCAGGAGGAGGAGAAUCUCUGAAAAAUCAUAGGAUCCUGGAAUCGUUGAAAAAGACUUUUAAGAUCGUCAAGUGCAACCAUUAACCUAACACUACCAAGUCUACCACUAGACCAUGUCCCAGAAAUGGGUAGGAAAAAUCUCUAUGCCCUUCUGCAAUAAAGAUGUCACCAGUUCUUGCUUUCUGGAGUGGUUUGGGUCAUCUUACUCCAGUGUCUUGAUAUAGCAGGUUGUAGAAUAAGGAAACAGCUUGAUGGGAAAGUGAUGCAAGUAAAAUGUCCUCUGUUCCCAAUCACUGGUCACAAUUAGUGCAAUUAUUGCUGUCAUUUCCUUUAUCUCAGGCAAAUGCAGUUUCAGUCCUUUCACAGGAGUAACUGUGGGUCCCUGCUGAAAGGACAGACCAUUUCCUAUGUACCCUUGGCUGCUUGUUUCUCCUUCAGUUUUCUCCUCAGAAGAGGAAGAAAGCCACCUCCAGUCUCUGUGGUGCCAGUGUGUAAUUGAGCAAGCUCUGCAUGUCUCUCCUUGUGGCAGGACAAGCCGCUCCAAAGGAGAAAGUUGAAGGUGAUGCUAUUUGUGACUAGCAGCACCCAUAGCUGAAACCAGCCUGUUCCUUGGGGCCAUAGAGCAAAGAGGAGAAAGAAAAAGACAUCAUCACUGUGAGGUGUUGCAGUGUGGUAUGUGUCAUGACCAUGAGGGAGGUGCAGAUGUUCAGCACCAAUAAGAAGUUGCAAGGAUUCCUUGGACAGAUGUAGCUCUGCUUGUGGCUGGAGUGACAGACUUGGACUUCAGAGACCUGGAUCUUCCUCCAAGUUCUGUAACUUCAUAGACUUGUUGGACAAACAUGAAAUUCUCUGUGCCUCGGUGUCCCCAUUGAUUGCCUGGGACAGGAUGCUGCCAGGUCUGUGGGUCUGUACUUUGUCCACCUGUGCCUGCUUCUGGUCAUGGAUGCAGCUACAGGUUUUGGGAGGAAGUUUCCUAGUGGGGCACUUGGAGAGGAGGAAGUAGGCAAGGGCUUGCAGCAUCUGUCUACCUUCAAGGAAGUUAUCAUGUUACCCUCUAUAGUGCACUUCAAGCCACAGACACAAGCUGUCACCUUUGCUAUGACUUCUGCUAUCUCUUAAAAAAAAAAAAAAAA